ACGAGCACACUCGGCUGUCAUCCUUACUCGACUACAGCCCAUCUCUCUGCGACUGUGGUUUUCCUCGCUUCGGAACAUGGACACGCUUUAAGGCGCACCGCCCAGGCUCGUCCACUCAAAUACCCCAAAUUCGUCCUUCUGUCGGCUCAAUAUAGAGUAGUAAUGAUGGAGUAUUGGAGACAGUGCGCGCUGUGGUUGAUCAACUGCAAGGUGCUUCCAGCAAAUCAUCGGGUUACGUGGGAGACUGCGCAAGUAUUCGACUUGGCCCAAACCUUGCGAGAUGGGGUGCUUCUCUGCCACCUCCUCAACAACCUCAAGGCCCACUCUAUCAACCUGAAGGAGAUCAACCUGCGACCUCAAAUGUCACAGUUCCUGUGCCUGAAGAACAUCAGGACCUUUCUGGCGGCAUGCAAUGACAUAUUUGGCAUGAAGAAAAGUGAGCUGUUUGAGGCUUUUGACCUUUUUGAUGUCAGGGAUUUUGGAAAGGUGAUGGACACACUUUCUAAGCUUUCUCACACACCGACUGCACAACAAACUGGAAUCAGGUCUUUCCCUACUGAAGAAAGUGUUGAAGAUGAGGACAUCUACAACCACCUUGAGGACUUAAUAGAUGAGAACGGGGUGGAAGAUGAGGAGGAUCUGUAUGACUGUGUGUAUGAUGAUGAAGAGGGCGGCGAAAUCUACGAGGACCUUAUGAAAACGGACGCUCUCGUUCCCCAGGUGUUCCAAAAACAGGCAGAGAUUGACAUCAGGAGCUGCUGUUUGACAGAGAUCAAGCAGACAGAAGAGAAAUUUUCUGACACACUGGAUUCUAUAGAAAAGAACUUUAUGACGCCUCUCACUGUGUUUUUAUCCACGGCCGAGAUGGAAAAAGUGUUUGUGAAUAUUCCGGACCUGGUGAAAGUUCACAAAUGUUUACUGCAGGAAAUUCAAGACUCUGUCCAACACAGAAGUGCCCAAAAUCUUCACCAGAUCUUUAUUGCUUUCAAAGAAAGAUUGCUAAUCUAUGGGAAAUACUGCAGCGAUGUGGAAACAGCAAUUGCCACUCUAGACAGCAUAUGCAAAGACAGAGAGGACGUACGGAUGAAACUUGAGGAGUGUUCUAAAAGAGCCAAUUAUGGUAAAUUCACUUUAAGGGAUUUGCUGGUGGUUCCCAUGCAGCGGGUCUUGAAGUACCACCUCCUUUUGCAGGAGCUCGUUAAGCACACUCAUGAUGCCACAGACAAGAGCAACCUGCGGAAGGCAUUAGAUGCCAUGAAGGACUUGGCCCAGUAUGUCAAUGAAGUCAAGAGAGACAAUGAGACGCUGCGUGAAAUAGAUCAAUAUCAAAAAUCCAUUGAAAACCUGAAUCAGCCUCUGAGUAACUACGGGCGACCCAAAGGUGACGGUGAAGUACGGGUGGCCUCAGUUGACAAACGUGCUAAACAGGACCGGCAUAUCUUCUUGUUCGAUGCUGCUGUUAUUGUUUGUAAGCGACGAGGAGAUAACUACGAGAUGAAAGAUGUGAUAGACCUGCACCUCUUUAAGAUCACGAACAACCCCACAUCAGAUCGGGAGAACCGAAAGUGGUCCUACGGAUUCUACCUCACUCAUAACCAGGGCCAGAAUGGCUUUGAGUUCUUCUUUAAGACCAAAGAGCUGAAAAAAAAGUGGCUGGAGCAGUUUGGCAUGGCCAUAUCCAAUAUUCAUCCUGAGCAUGCAACAAACAAUUUCCACGAGUUUCAUAUGCAUACUUUUGAAAGAAUUACCUCCUGCAAUUCUUGCCACAUGCUACUGAGGGGCAUAUUUAACCAGGGCUACCUAUGCUCUAAGUGCGGUCUAGGCGCUCAUAAAGAAUGCCUUGGCCGCCUGGGCUGCUGUGGGAAAACAGAUCCCGGCUCCAUCAGAACUCAGAUCAAAGACCGAGAUCCAGGUCUGCCCAAGAUGAUGGUGAUCAGAAACUACUUUGGUGUGCCCAGCCCUACUUCUGGUCCAGCCCUCAGCAUCCAGACGGGUGACAUCAUCGAAUUAAUCUGUGCCGACCUUCACAGCCCCUGGUGGCAGGGCAAAAUCCUGUCAACAAAAGAAGUUGGCUUCUUUCCAAGCGACGCUGUGAAACCAUGCCCAUGUGUCCCAAAGCCCAUUGAUUACUCCUCUCAACCAUGGUUUGCGGGACCAAUGGAACGACUUCAGGCAGAGGCAGAACUCAUCAACCGGAUCAACAGCACCUACCUUGUCCGCCAUCGCAGCAGAGAGUACACAGAGUACGCCAUCAGCAUUAAGUACAACAACGACGUGAAGCACAUAAAGAUCCUGACCAAGGAGGGCUGCUUCCACAUCGCAGAGAAUAAGAAGUUCAGGAGUCUGUUUGAGCUGAUUGAGUACUACAAACAGCACUCUCUAAAAGAAGGUUUUAGGAGUCUGGACACCACUCUGUUGUACCCAUACCGCAACCUGGAGAAUUCUGCAAUGCAUCGUCUCAACCGUUCUGGUGGCAGCACCCCAUUGCUCUGCGGCCUCUCUUUUGUAACCCCUGCCGGCUACAGCUUUGUACCUCCUUCCUCUGCCCCCUUCUGGUCAGUGUUUACUCCGAAAGUGAUUGGCGUUGCCAUCGCGCGGUACGAUUUCAGUUCACGUGACACACGAGAGCUAUCGCUGCAGGAGGGUGACGUGGUGAAGAUUUACACCAAGUCCGGUGCCAACGGGUGGUGGAGGGGCGAGGUCAAUGGAAGGAUUGGCUGGUUUCCAUCCACCUACGUAGAGGAAGGCGAGUAGUGAGCGGACCAAUGAAGACAAACGACACCAUUCAAAUCAAUGAGUUGACAGCCAGCGGAGCCUUGUUGCUUUUAUCCAUCCAGAGGCCUUGAGGAACUAACAAAAAGGGCUGCUGAACACUGCUGACGCAAGGACAGCCCACUCCAUUCUGCUUGGUUUGCCAUGGCUAAGUAACUCCUCCGUCUACAAGUAGCAGCUUGCCUGUCAGCGGGGCACGCAAGCUCGCCAGACGCCUAGCCAUCCAUAAUAUCCCGCCUCUUUCUGCCUGAACCACAGACCCCGAAUCCCACCUGUUUCUGCUUGCCAACUUGGCAUGUCAAAAAGCAGCAACUCACACGCCAUUCUUCCAAUUCAUGCGCUCACUCAUCCAUUCGCCACACAGGCACUCCUUCCGCCUCUCGUGGGAAUGGUGUCAUCUGAGCUGGAAAGGACCCUGUAAAAAAAAAAAAAAAACUGUUUAUUCUCACUUUCUCUUCCCAUUUUGAAGAAUUUUCGGUAGGUUUGACCUUGCUGGUGUUUUUUCCAUUAAUAACGGUGCGUAUUGAUGACUUGAUGGCUCACACAGGUGCAGCAGCCACCCCUCUAAGUCCCUCUUUGAUUGUCAUCGCUGCACUUCCACUCAUACAGGAGAUGAAAGAUAACAGCCGUGUGUGCGCACAAUGCGAACAAGUGAUGGCUCUUGUUCCUAUUUUCCUCUGGCUGCUCGCAUUCGUUAUCUCCGAGGCAGACUCUCGUGUUUUCGCCUGUGUUGGCCGUUAGUGAUCCGCUUGCUUAUCGCUGGCAAAAGCCCAUUCGCGGGAGGCUUUAUCUUAUAGGAGGUAUUAGGGGCCUGUUGGGGAGAACACGCCACAGUCUUCCGGCUACCUGACCCGAGAGGAAAUCAGCCCUUUGACUUAUGUUACGGCCAUUUGUUAUUUACAUGCCCGUUUUUGGCAAAAACAAAUAAAAACCAAUAAAAGGGCAUGCACACUAAAAUACAUAUAUUGUACUUAAGCUGGUUUGUAUUGGCUCCCAUUUUCGUUUUUGUAAAUUUCACACUUGACCUCUAUAAUAAUAUAGCAUGAGUUAUAUUAAAACAUUGUCCAAUAAAUAGCAUUAAGAGGCACUGUGUAUUGGUGUAGGGGAAAAUUAGGCCACCAUUUAAAUGAAUAUUAGUCAGUCUUAGGGAGUUUAGUUAAUGAAUGUUUUAUUUGUUAAUUGGGCAUACACUGCUGGCCAAAAGUAUUGGCACCCCUGCAAUUCUGAGAGAUACUGCUCAAUUUCUCCCAGAAAAUGAUUGCAUUUAAAAUGUUUCGGUAGUAAUAUCUUCAUUUAUUUUGCUUGCAAUGAAAAAACACAAAAGAGAACAAAUACAAAAAUUAAAUCAUCAUCUUUUUCCACAAAACUCCAAAAAUGGGCCGGACAAAAGUAUUGGCACCCUUUGAAAAAUCAUGUGAUGCUUCUCUAAUUUGUGUUAUUAACAGCACCUGUUACUUACCUGUGGCAUAUGACAGAUGGUGGCAAUAACUAAAACACACGUGCAGCCAGUUAAAAUGGAUUAAAGUUGACACAACCUCUGUCCCGUGUCCUUGUGUGAACCACAUUGAGCACGAAGAAAAUAAAAAGAAGACCAAUGAACUGAGGACUUCAGAAGCAAAAUUGUGAGGAAGCAUGGGCAAUCUCAAGGCUACAAGUCCAUCUCCAAAGACCUGAAUGUUCCUGUGUCUACCGUGCGCAGUGUCAUCAAUAAGCGUAAAGCUCCUGGCACUGUGGCUAAUCUCCCUAGAUGUGGACGGAAAAGAAAAAUUGAUGAGAGAUUUCAACGAAAGAUCGUGCGGAUGGAGUAUAAAGAACCUCGACUAACUUUCAAACAAGUUCAAGCUGUCCUGCAGUCUGAGGGUACAACAGUGUCAAGCCGUACUAUCCGUCGGCGUCUAAAUGAAAAGGACUCUAUGGUAGGAUACCCAGGAACACCACACUUCUGACCCAGAGACAUAAAAAAGCCAGGCUGGAGUUUGCCAAAACUUACCCGAUAAAGCCCAAAAUUUUUUGGGAAGAAUAUUUUAAACAAAGGGGGAGCUUUUUGGAAAAACACAUCAACAUAGAGUUUACUGGGAACAAAACGAGGCCUUCAAAGAGAGGGAACCCCACAGUCAAACUUAGUGGAGGUUCCCUGAUGUUUUGGGGUUGCUUUGCUUCCUCUGGCACUGGACUGCUUGACUGUGUGCAUUGCAUUAUGAAGUCUGAAGACUACCAACAAAUUUUGCAGCGUAAUGUAGGGCCCAGUGUGAGAAAGCUGGGUCUCCCUCAGAGGUCAUGGGUCUUCCAACAGGACAAUGACCCAAAACACAACUCAAAAAGCACUAGAAAAUGGUUUGAGAGAAAGCACUGGAGACUUCAAAAUUAGCCAGCAAGUAGUCCAGACCUGAAUCCCAUUGAACACCUGUGGAGAGACCAUUUUUUGGGUUUUGUGUUAAAUGAUCAUGUUUUUUUUUUCAUUCUCUUUUGUGUUUUUUCAUUGAAAGCAAAAUAAAUGAAGGUAUUACUACCAAGGCAUUUAUAAUUGCAAUCACUUUCUGGGAGAAAUUGAACAUUAUCUGAUAGAGGUGUGCAAAAUUUCCGAUUCUUAGAUUAUUCGCGAUUCGGCCGUGGAAGAUUCGAGAACGAUUCACAAACAUCCAAAUUAAAAUAUGCGAAGUAAAGCGGAAGUACACAACACUCAGCGCGCUGCGCGGUCUUCGGGACGGAACGGAGCGAGAGUAGCUACACAUCAUGCUUCCCAGUACCCGGCCCCUCGGGUAAUGCCAAUGCUCAACUCACGGCUCUAGCUCAACUCAUGCAACGAGAUAAAAAAAACACAACAACAUACCUGACUGCUGCCGAAAAGCUGCGACAAAGUACAUCCAUAUAAUGUUACGGUGGAUAUCAUUUAUAUAGGACUAGAUGCAACAUAGAUUUGGUUGUGUUAGCAGCACAUCUACUAAAAGUUAGAUGCGGGCGUUAUAAACGGCCGCCAUCUUAAAGCAGUACACUUCCCUGCAAGCCUGUUGUAGCGAACCUUCCAAGCAAACCUAAUUAACUUUUUAUCUAAAAUACUCCUAAAUCGGUAAAAUAUUGACUUGAAUCUAUCUUUAAAAUAGUUUUAAAACUUUCACAUGUCGAAAGUAGACAAAAGGGAAAUUAUGGAAUAACGGGAGCAAUUUUAACAAAUUUAACGGUUGAUUCACAACAUAAAAUUAAUUGAAUGUAGUUUAAAGCUGCUGAUACAGAAUGGGGACUGGAGUUUUUUAUUUAAUGUUAUUUUUGUAUAUUUGUUUACUGCUAUAUGUUAACUUGAUACUGAAAUAGUAGUGUGGUGUAGCCUGAGAGUAUUUUGAGCAAUUUUGGAACUAAUGUACAAAACAUUUAAAAAAAAGAGAGAAAAAAAGGAGGGGGGUGCAUCAAUAAUCGUUUUAUAAUCGAAUCGGAGCCUCUGAAUCGUAAUCGAAUCGUUAGGUGCCCAAAGAUUCCCAGCUCUAUUAUCUGACAUAAUUGCAGGGGUGCCAGUACUUUUGGCCAGCAGUGUAUAUUAUUAUUAUUAUUUUUUUUUUUUCCAGCAAAAUCAAGUGACCUUGCUAGAACCAUUGUUUACAAGGGGAAUUUUAUAUACUUUAUGCAUUCAUUCCAGCUAAUUCAUGUAUAUUCCCAUAGACUUACCUUAAUAAUAGCAACAUGAAAAAUCCCCUACUCAAAAACUGCAUCAUUUUAUUUAUGUAUUUUGACUACAUGUUCCACUUUCUCCUAUUCCACAAAUACCAGCUUCCACACUUAGACACACGUGUGACAUUUUAAAAACGUCAACCCUCUUUUCACCUUUUUUUCCCUAUGAAGAGGCUAGGGUACAUGUUAAAAUUCAUGGAAAGGACAAAACACAUAAUGUACAUAAGAUAAUGUAGAUUAUUCAGUGCACGCACCAUCGCACGGUCCAAAGGUGACAUUGAGGUAGAGCCACUUGUUAGUCAAAAGUCACAGACUUUAUGUGACGAACAGAUGGACCCCGCCUCUGGAAAGGCACCUUAGGGCGUCGUGACCUCAUGGUGUGUGAGGCCCCAGGCUAUCGUGCCGCAAGUGAUUUUCUAAGAUGCGCACAUAUUUGUAAAAUAUGCUGUUCCCUCAUUAUUAGAUAUGUUGUGUUUGGAUAAGAUAAAUGCAAAAAAAGCUACUUGGUCACCGUUUUCAUAUUUGUUUGUGUUCUGCACUCUUGGCUUAUACUUGUUCAUAUAUUUGACAAACAUGUAGGUCCACAAGUCACCACUAGAUGGAAGCCUCACUCAUUCAUGGGCGGUCACCUUCAGCAUGAUAAACUUAAGGAAUGACAUCAUUUUAGUAUUUAACAGUGACAUUUCAAUAAGUCAUUAUUAGAUGAGUGAACAAGACCAUUCUGAUGUUCUCAGUUUUCCACAUAUUUCAUAGUUGGUUUCCAGAAAUAGCCUUUCUAAUAAGAACCGCUUACCUAUUUUUACCCUUUGGUGAACUUAACAGCCUACAGGCUCCGGAAAGUCAAAUCCUUACUGUCUAGUCGACCAUGAAGAAGCAGACCCUCUCAGGAGACACCGUGUGGGCUUCUCUAUUGGUAGAGUGUGGUAAUCUACUCCCACUCUGCUUCUCUGUCCAAAUGAAGUGUGACGGCGUUCGUUCCAAGUGUUUUUGGAUUAAUUCAAAACAUUUAUUUAAAGGUUCGAGGCUAUUCACGAUCUAAUCAUUACACCAUUUCUACAAUAUGUUAUCCUGCUUUAUAACCCUUUGUCACUUCCUCUCUCACUCCUCCUAGUGUUACCAGUCACUCUUGUCCCCACCUAUCUUCAAUACAAUCUACGUCCUCCCAUUUUCACUGUAAAUUCUGUCCCUCACAUGAUGCUCUGAGGUGUGUUGUGGUGUGAUGCUUCAUAAACAACCAUAGCAAAACGUUUUGAAAUGGAAUUAUAAAAUUGAUUUUACCAACCCGGUUAGUAGAUGUCCUUCAAAUGUCAUCUUUUUCCCACCCAAGAAGUCACCCUGCGUUGUGUGCUAGUGCACGUUUCACUGAUUUGAGUUUGUGUGUGCUCUGUUAUUGAACCAAAGAUGUACUGUAUGCUGUGUUUACUGUACAGUCAAUAUUGUUGUCUUAUACCAUGGUACAACCACUGUGGCCUAAAUUACAAAUAGCUCAGGCCUGUGUAGCAUUCCCCCUGUAAUUUUUUUUACUGUAUCAUAAUGUAAAAUAUGUUUAUAGUAUAAAAUAAAAAUAAAAAUACGUUGAUUAUUCUAAUGUGGUGUCAUUCAUUUGUACGGCACGGAAUUGUUACAUUAUAUUAGGGAUGUCCCGAUCCGGUCAUGUGAUCAGAAAAUCGGGUUGAUCCCGUCAUUUUUCAGAGGAUCGGAAUUGGGUAAAAAAAAUACAGUAUAUUGU